UUCAACAUUGAGUAUCUCAGGGUUUGGUCUUACAGUACAAAGAACACCAUGAAGGCCAGCUGAAGAUGCUUUGUGAAAGAGAGUGUUCUGUUCAUUAAUAUGUUUGAGUUCUUGAAUGGGAUGAAAGGAGCAAUUAUAACCUCAGAAUGGACAAACGAAGUUCUCAGGAGCUUCUGAAGUAAUAGGAGAAGCUUAACUCGUCUUCAGACCAAGAAGUCAAAGAAAUGGAAGUGUGGCUCCAGAAGGUUUUCAGGUAGACAGACAAAUAGAGCAGUUCAUUCUUUCGAUUUGAGUCAUUAUUUCUAUUUGAGUUCGUCGAAAGGUAGUGGAAACGCUGAAACACAAGUUUUUGGUUUUUUUUAGCCAAGUGACACAGCUGAACCGGUAGCACCACGACGGCAUACGUAUUGUGUGUGUGUGUGUGUGUAAGAGAGAGUGUGUGUGUGUGUGUGUAUGUGUGUGUGAUGUGGAGCGCUCCAUUUGAUUUCCUUGAAGCUGCCCGUUAUUUCGGGAGGACGCUCCGCCCAGCGAAUGGCGAGUUGAGGUUGGGGGAAAGAAGUCGCCCUUCCUGGCCGGGGCUCAGGUUCCAGCUGCGGCGGUCGGCUCGGACAACGCCGGGGGGUAAAAGUGUGGAAGUCGGGGCAAUCGAGCGAAGUUAUUUCAGAGUGCCGAAAAGCAAACAACAUGGCGAGUCGAGUGAGCGGAGGACACAGUAGGGUAGGGAGAAGAAUCGGAAUCGCAUUGCUAUAGUCGCCUAACUAAGUAGUCUGAAACUGGGUUCUGUGUGUGUUGUUAUUUUGUGUCGUGGAUUUCCCAAGGAAUGGCAACCUUUCGGUGAAACAGUAGCGCGAUUGUCCGAGACGAUGAAGAGUUUCCACUGCGUUGAGUCUCGUAACGGUUCAGACAAGUCUUCGGGUCUAAAAGGACACUUCACUUGGAAGGAAAAGGAUCGCUUUCGAAGGAGCUCCAUGAUCAUGUUUAUUAUAUAAUAUUAACGUCCCGGGAGAGUUGAGGAUUUCGUCCGGGUGCGCGGAUGGAUGAAGGUUCGUGCUCGAGCACGUUCUUGGCACUAUGUUGCACUGCAGUGUAUUUCACUCAACCCAGCAGCGAUACACCUUUUGCUUCUAAAUGAUUGCAUGGACUUGAUUUGAUCAUGGCAUUGAGGUCUAGAAAAGCGUGGACCAAUGUGAUGCUGGGGAUUUUGCUCGGCUUCACUGCAGCAUCUUGGGUCCUGGUCCCCCGGGUUACAGAGGUCAAAAAGUGCUCACCCUACAGUGUUGGGAAAAUUCAAGAACCCGCAAGACCUCGGAUGACAAACGACGUCUGGCCCGAGAGCCUGCACAAACCAUCGUCCAGCAGAGAGAGAAGCUAUGAAGAGGAGGAUGAGGAGCAAAGAGCGGACACGCCAAUCCAGGGAGGACCCGUUCCACGUCCCAGACACUUCCUCUACGUUGGAGUCAUGACCGCUAAGAAGUACCUGGAUUCGAGAGCGGUGGUUGUGUUUAAAACGUGGGCACCGAGCAUCCCGGGAAAGGUCGAGUUUUUCUCCAGCCAUGGCUCGGACUCUGUGCCUCUACCUUUCCCGCUGCCUGUGGUCUCGUUGCCAGGGGUUGACGAUUCGUACCCGCCGCAGAAGAAGUCCUUCAUGAUGUUGAAGUACAUGCACGAUCACUACCUGGACAAAUACGAGUGGUUCAUGAGGGCUGACGAUGACGUCUAUAUCCGAGGUGAAAAGCUGGAGCUCUUUUUGCGUUCGCUCAACAGCAGUAAGCCAAUGUAUCUUGGUCAGACGGGUCUAGGCACUACUGAAGAACUGGGCAAGUUGGCGCUGGAGCCUGGGGAGAAUUUUUGCAUGGGUGGCCCUGGUAUGAUCUUUAGCCGCGAGGUGCUGCGCAAGAUGGUGCCCCAUAUCGGCACUUGUCUGAAGGAGAUGUACACGACGCACGAGGAUGUAGAAGUAGGACGCUGCAUUCGGCGAUUCGGGGGAACCCAGUGCGUCUGGUCGUAUGAGAUGCAGGAACUGUUCUAUGAAAACUACGAACACAAGAAAGGCUUCAUCGAGGAACUACAUAGCAGCAAAAUUCACAAUGCCAUCACUCUGCACCCUAAUAAGCGCCCGGCGUACCAGUACCGACUGCACAACUACAUGCUCAGCCGUCAGAUCUCGCAGCUGCGCUACCACACCAUCCAGCUGCACCGUGAGAGCAUGACCAUGAGCCACCUCAGCAACACCGAGGUGCAGUUGGAGGACCAACAGCUAGGCGCACCCCCUUCCUACAUGCGCUACCAGCCGAACGAACGAGCAGACGUCAUCGAGUGGGAGUUCCUUAACGGAAGGUUCCUGUACUCCACUAGUGAGAAGAACAUGCCUCGACAGGGUCUCGGGAACGCCCUGCGCUCUGCUUUAGAGGACACUGUUCUCCAGGUGAUGGAGAUGAUAAACGAGAACUCCAAAGUCAGAGGCCGUGUCAUUGACUUUAAAAAGAUUCAGUAUGGAUAUAGGAGGGUGAAUCCACUACAAGGAGCUGAGUACAUCCUGGAUCUCAUGCUGCUCUAUAAGAGGCACAAAGGACGAAAAGUGACCGUGCCGGUUCGUAGACAUGUCUACCUUCAGCAGUCUUUUAGCAGGCCUUAUUUUACUGAAGCUGAGCAGCUAGAUGUAUCUGAACUAGUCGAGGCAAUCAAUAGUGACUUUCAGUCGUUUUCACUUCUGUCCAAUUCACUCAAGAUCUUUUACCCUUUUCAGUUUUCGGACUCUAACAGAGAGAUGCGAGAGCAAGGACAAAAGAAGCUGCACAUCCUCGUACCGCUUACAGGUCGCUACGAUACGUUUGUGCGCUUCAUGGAAAACUUCGAAAAGGUCUGCCUUAUUUCCAACCAGAAUGUAAAACUAAUCAUCAUCCUGGUGGACAAUGAUAGCAACCAAGACAAGGAGAAGCAUUUGGACUUGAUUAAGGAGUACUAUAAUAAAUACCCCAAAGCAGAUCUGUCUGUGAUACCAAUGACAGGCGAGUUUUCUAGGGGUCUCGCCUUAGAAAUGGGUGCCUCUGGCCUUAAUAAUAGCUCCCUGCUGUUUUUCUGUGACGUCGAUCUAGUCUUCAGUAGUGACGCACUCCAGAGAUGUCGUGAAAACGCCAUUGAAGGAAGGCAGGCCUAUUUUCCUGUCGUGUUCAGCCAGUACAGUCCCAAAAUCGUCUUCGCCGGGAGCCGUGCCGAAGAAAACAACUAUGUCUUCACCAAAAAAUCCGGUUUCUGGCGAGAUUAUGGCUUUGGCAUCACCUGCAUAUUUAAAAGUGACUUGCUGAAAGCCGGCGGGUUCGACACUUCGAUACAAGGCUGGGGACUGGAGGAUGUCGACUUGUUCACAAAGAUCAUUAACUCCGAUGUUAAAGUGUUCCGUUCACAAGAACCUGGCAUAGUGCAUGUUUAUCAUCCGGUCCAAUGUAAUUCUAAUCUAGACCCCAAGCAAUACAAAAUGUGCCUGGGUUCCAAAGCGAGUACGUAUGCAUCUGCGAUGCAGUUAGCCGAACUGUGGCUGGAGAAGCAUUUAGGCAUAGGGUACAGGAAUAGAACUUCCUCUUGACAUUGCAGGGAUCUGUCAGUGGAGAUUACCUCAGUUCCACACCACCAGGAUGAAAAAAAGACUGAUUGUGGAUUUCUUCAUGUCUAAACUGUAAGAAAAUGUGCAAAGUUAAAGGUACACUAGCAACGUUCACGCAACGUAUUUAUUUGUGCCGUCGACUCUUUCACAGCGUCUUCCAAAGGUCAUUUAGGAAAACGUUAAUAGCAUUUGUAUAGCGCUCGUUGUUGAAUACACUAAAUCUGCUGAUUUACUCAGGAGCAUAUUUCUCAUCAUAUGACCGCUGUCUGCGAACGUUCAGCAUUAUCCUUGCUAUUAUAUAUCUGUUUUGUUUCCAGGUUACAGUGGAUGCAAACACAGCCAUAAAGAAAUACCUUAUUAUUAAAUUAAUAUAUUUCCAUGGGGACACAUAUUAAUGAAAGUACCAUAAAUGUGCUUUAAAGGAGGCCUGAAGGAAAAUCCCGUUUUCUUUAUACGAAGAAACUAUUUUUUAUUUCUGCAGUAUUUUUUUAAAUGUGUUGUCAUUUUUUAUUUUAUUUUAAAAUCAUUAUGUUAAGGUACUGGUUGCCUUUCAACAUUUGCUGUAUUCAGUCUUUUAUCUUUGAUUAUUGAUGAUUAUUUUUGUGAAGCGAUGCUGUGGCGAACAAAGUGCAUUUAUCUUUUUUGUUGUUUUUUUUGGCUUUGUGACAAAAAGUAAUUUUAUGGCAACCUAAAUAAGCUUUCUGUUGAUUAUUUAUAAUAAAUAUUGAAAUGCAAAAACC